AUGGCUGUGCUCACUCUGCUUCUGUUUGCCAUCAUCACACUGCUCCUGGCCCUCGGCCUCUGCAGGAACAGGAGAGUCCAGGAGGACCGGAGCCACCGAGCCGUCCCUGGACCCUCCUCGUUGCCUCUCAUCGGGAAUCUGACCGACCUCAGGCACAAGGACCUCCACGUCCACCUGAGCGAACUGGCCAGGACCUUCGGGCCAAUCUACAGACUCCGGCUGUGGAACCAAGAUAUUAUUGUCCUGAACAGCUUGAAACUGAUCAAAGAAGCUCUGGUGAAGAGGUCGUCGGAGUUUGCUGGGCGUCCCCGGACGUUUGUCGGAGACUACAUAUCCUUCGGUGGGAAGGACCUAUCCCUUGGAGACUACACCCACACCUGGAAAAUCCAGAAGAAGAUGGCACAUGGUGCUAUACAGUGGAGUCGGAUCUCGGCCCUCGAGCCGGUGGUGCUGCGUGAAGCUGAGAAAUUUUGCAAGGUUCUCCAGAGCUACGUAGGAUCUCCCGUGGAUCCCAACAAGGAUUUCUCCAUGUUCACCUGUAACACAAUCUGCUCCCUGAUCUUUAGUACUAAUUAUGACAGGAAUGACCAGGAGCUGCAGGAGAUCCAUGACUGCUUGGUGGAGCUGGUCUACCUCUGGGGCUCCCGUGCAAUUGGCCUUGUCGACAUGUUUCCUGUUCUACAGUAUUUCCACAACUCCGCCUGGAGGCAGCUUCAAAAGGCCAUACACAAGCGGGACUCCUUUGUCCGGCACCACAUUCAGAAGCACAAGUCAAAGUCUGUCUUCCAGGUGACAUUCCAGAAGGGGAUAAUUCGGGAUAUCACUGAUAUGUUGAUGAAGCCCAUCUGGGAUCAGGAAGAGGGCUCUUCGCAACGGGGAGAGGUCACAGAGGAGCACGUUCACAUGGUGAUAGUGGACCUGUUUAUUGGCGGAACAGAGACGACCUCAUCCACCCUUGGCUGGGCAGUUGCGUAUUUGGUUCACCGGCCAGAGAUUCAGGAUCGAAUUUUUCAGGAGUUAUGUUCCGGAGUCGGCGAGGACCGCUACCCUUCGUACGCCGACCGCGGGAAGCUGCCGUUCCUGACAGCCACCAUCGUCGAGGUGAUGCGCCUGCGACCCGUGGUACCCCUCUCUCUGCCGCAUCGCACUACCUGCAACAGCAGCGUUGCAGGUUACUUUGUUCCAAGUGGGACCCACAUCAUCACAAAUCUGUUUGGGGCAAAUUACGAUGAAACCAAAUGGACCGAGCCGACCCAGUUCAGACCAGAACGUUUCUUGGAUAUGCCUGAUGCGGAGAAGACCAUGCAGAACGUGAUCUCUUUCGGAAUGGGUGCCAGGACCUGUCUGGGUGAACCCAUUGCCCGAGUGGAACUUUUCCUUUGCCUGGCGUACCUCCUGAAGGAGUUUAAGUUCCUACCAGCGAAGACCGGGGAACUCCCCGAGUUACAAAGCAUGGAGGCGAAACUGAUGAAAGUCAAGCCCUAUCGAGUGACCGUUGUACCCAGGUCAAAGCUUCAACACAACUAA